AUGUCCAAGAUUAUCCAGGGCUCCUCAGAGGCGCUGAUGUCUGUGGACGGGCAUUCCAGUUUCCUGGUCCUCGUCAAUGUAUUCAUCCACAAUGCGAUACCUUUCGUAGGGUUUGGCUUUUUGGAUAAUGCAAUUAUGAUUGUUGCAGGAACCCAUAUUGAGUUGUCUAUUGGAAUUAUUUUGGGAAUUUCAACAAUGGCAGCUGCUGCUUUGGGAAAUCUUGUGUCAGACUUAGCUGGACUGGGACUUGCAGGUUAUGUUGAAGCUUUGGCUUCCAGGUUAGGCUUAUCGAUUCCUGAUCUUACACCAAAGCAGGUUGACAUGUGGCAAACACGUGUUAGUACACACUUGGGCAAAGCUGUUGGUGUGACUAUCGGCUGCAUCCUUGGAAUGUUCCCUUUGAUAUUCUUUGGAGGAGGGGACGAGGAGGAGCCACUGGAAGAGAAGAAUUAGUCUGCUUGGAAUACCUAUAAAAGCUGUAAACUAAUGUACCUCAGUUAUUAAACAUGCUGUCACAGCAUUUAAGAAUUAAGACAGAAACCUUGUGUAGAUACGGGAUCAAAUAAUUCAGCAUGUAUUACGGAAAACACUAACUUAUUGUGGCUUGGUCUUCCUAGGACAUCUUUUUUUAAAAAAAACCUAUUUAGUGUUGUUUCAUGUAAAUUGUUGAAAUGCUUUUUCAUCAACGAUGGUCAACAUUUUAUCUUCUGUUUAUAUAUCAAAAUAUUUAAGUUUCAGUCGCUGAUGUACUGUACUGACUUAGGGUUUGCUCAUUUGUUUCUUAACGUGUGUCCAUGCAUGAAAGUAUUUGUUGUUGUUACUCCCGGUAGUUAGGAUUUGGCCUUAAGAUUUUCCAGAUUUCUUAAGGUUAGUAUCAGUUCAAGAUUUUUUUACUCCUUUUUGAAGCAUCAAUUUUGUACUGUUUCAUUCAUGGUGAACAUCUACAAUCAUGUAAUUUCAGUCAUUUUAACUCACAUCUAUUCAAAAUGAAUGCAGAUUUUAAGUAUAUGUUACUCAUUUUAAUUUUCUGACCAUACUGUCUUAAGAGUCAGAGGUUGAUCAGAAAGAGAAAUCAUGUAAUCUCCCUCUUACCCACAACUAUAUAUGCUAACAAGUGUACUUACUUCUAGUUGAUUUUUUUACCCUUAAGUUUCUUAAAAUGAAUAAUUAUGUAGUGAGUUCUGACCCCUGAAAGGAGGAAUAUGGUUGUUUUAUAGUCAUAGAAUAGGAAUUAUAAGAAUUAUAGAACUGGGGGCAUCUAAGAUAUUAGACAUUUGAAAAUUAAGAGGCUAAUUUUUUUUUUUUUUUUUUUUAGCGAAGUAGAAUUAGAAAGUGUCAAGAAUGUUUAUGACGUAGGUAGUAGACAUGAAGGUAGUAAAGUUUGGAAGGUAAAUGAGAUACAAGUUAUGUUGCUUGGGAAGGAUUUCCCCCC